AUGAACAGAGAAAAACUCUGGAAAAUCCCAUUGGCCUUGGAAAACUCCUCCUCCUCUGUUGCACCAACCCAUAGGACAAGCACAAACUCCCAUGGUAGCACUCCCUCCUCAGGCUUCCUGGGCCCCCCUGCCACUUUGCCCCAGACUCCUUAUAGCCAAUCCUACGAGGGCAAAUCCAUGCUCUCCUAUGGGACCACCUUAAAUGCCCGUAGCUCCCCACAGGGCGGGGUUGAGCACCCGGCCUACGGCACCACGCAGGCCCGACAAGUGUCUUCGUUGCCGCAGAUGCCUUCAGCCCACUCGUCCUCAGCUUCCUCUUCUUCAGCUUCCUCCCUCGCCUCAGGCCGGGCACUUAAGUCCCGCUCCUCCAGCAGCAGCAGCACUACCAAGUCGUCGUCGUCCUUCAGGCCCAAGGAGAUCUCUUCCGGCUCCUCCAUGGCCGUCAUACCCAACACCAUUGGUGGGAGCAGCAGUGGAGCCAACACUAACAGUAGCAGCACCGGCUUCAGCUCGGGGAAGAAGAGGAAGAAUAGUUCGGUCCUCUCUUCAUCGCACGGCUCCACCGAAUCCUCCUCCAAUACCAAUUACUCCUCCUCUUUCAAGAAGAACUGUGCAAAUGUCAGCAGCUCAGGGAGCACCUACCACCACAGCUCGUUAGGUUCCUCAUCAUCACUGUCCUCCUCCCACAGUGGUGUCCACAGCGUGGGACUCAACUGUGGCCCCAGCGUCCGGACCAACUCGCUCAGCCUGAAGGCCGAGUCUUCUGGAGGCUCGGCGGGCGGCUCCUCGGGGCCUCCUGCCCGAGGUCCUCCCUCAGGCAGCCCUGCAGAGUCCAUCAAACGUAUGAGUGUGGUGAUGAACAGCAGCGACUCCACCCUCUCCCUGGGGCCGUUCGUCCACCACCAGUCCUCGACCGACCACCACACCAGCUUCAGCCACCACGCCUCAGACGGACGCCUGGAGGGCAAGAAGCGGAAAAGCUCUCCUGUCUCCAGCAGCACCAACAGUGGAGGAGGAGGAGGAGGAGGAGGAGGAGGACCAGGUCGAGCCAAAGUGGCCAAGUCACCCGCCAUCAAUAACAUCCAUGGGAAACAUGGGCGGAGCAUUCCAGGGACGCCAGGACUGCCCAACAACUCGCAUCUACAUCAGCCAAAGGCUCGUCCCUGACAGCGGUGUGUGUGUGUGUGUGUGUGUGUGUGUGUGUGUGUUGGAACUGGCACGCAGACGUGGGAUUAGUCCGGAGUUCUGGACUGAACGAGGCCUUUAAAAGAAAAAAAAAUUCAAACCCACAUUACUCUCAGCUUCCCACAAUCCUCAGGGUGGAGAUGAUCUGGACUGCCCAGUGAAGUCAAUGUGGUCCUUACUAAUUCUCCCAAAGCCAUGUGUGUGUGUGUGUGUGUGUGUGUGUGUGAGCGAGUCUUGGACACGGUGGCGCUGUGGUUCCACCAGCGUCCCAGAGCUCUGUGAGGUCUUCCUGUUGAGGUUUUAGACAUAGGAGAAAUGAAAGCGGCGAGAGGAGCAGCCGUGUCUCUCGGCGUGGUCGUUCACGUUAAAGAGCUGCAGCAACAAACGUCGCAAAUGCUGAGCAACGCAGGAAAAACGAGCCGAUCUUUGUUUGUCGUAGAGCGUGUGUGUGUGUGUGUGUGAGUGUGAGGCUACAUCCAAACUACUAUG